CUAUCAUACAUCACUUCCUAUUCUGAUCUACUUGUCAAAUCGCCCUCUAAUGUUCAGAAGAAAUCUCGGUUACGCUGCACAGUAUAUAAGCUGUCCAGGGAUUAGCGAGUUCUUUGCAGUAAAUCUAGUUAUUUGUCAGUUUUGAUCAAAUUCGUUUAACUGUACAAAAAUUGUAAAUUUGACAUUGCACAAGACAGUGGUUCGAACUUCAUGCUAGUGUAUAGCCAUUUAUUCGUUAUUGUUGAUCUACCCUAUUCCAAAUUGUAUCUCCGCUCGCUUCCCAAAUUGUAUUUCGAUUUCAACAAUGUCCGGACGUUGUCUGUUAUUGUCCAGCCCGCGCGCCGGGUCGACUUUCUUGCUCAAUCUGCUUCGCCGUCAUCCUCAGAUCAUGCUAACCGGGGAAAUGCUCAGCGACAGCAGAAUCAUCGAAGGCGAUCCACUGGAAGACCUUGACAAAAAGCUAUCCAAAAUCAAAUCCAAAAGCAUGGUUGGAUUUAAGCUUUUUCCGGAGCAUCUGCAACUGCGUGGAAUUAAAUUCGAUCAAUUAGUGCGCCAUCUACAAAUUACACACGUUAUCGUACUGUGGCGUGAGAACCUGAUCGAACAACUGGCAUCACUAAAAAUUGCCCAAGAAACCGGGGAAUGGUUUUUACAUCCGGGAGGUGACAAUAACAAGCCGAAGCCAAAGGUCACCAUUUCCUCGGAAGAAUUAGACGAUUACAUCAAAGAGACGGAAAGCGACUGGGCCCAAAUCGGUGCCACAUGGCCGGUAGACGUUAUUCCGGUGUUUGUCAAAUACGAAGAUUUGGUAGAAUCACCGAUGCAGGAAAUCAGGAAGAUCCUCCAUCGCCUCAGUCUGGAAGACGCGGAUUACGAGUACGAUGCUUAUAGUCAGAGACAGAAUCCAGAAGCACCAUGGAACAAAAUUGCCAACUGGACUGACCUUUCCACGGACGAACAGCUGGCAACAGUGGACAUCGAGUUGAUAGUGCAGAAAGCAAUUAAUCAGUCACUGCAGGUUCCGACGGAAUUACUCCAGUUUGUGCCAGAUCGGGAGCCACCGCGGCCGGAAGCGGGAUGGCGCUAUCAAGUGUCUGCGCCGUACAUGAGUGACCUUAUCAAGGAAAAUGUUGCUGCGUGUUUAAAUUCUGGCAGCGUUUCUUCCGCUGGCUUUUGGCCGAAAGAAAUGAUAAAAAAGCUGAAAUCACUGUUUCAAGUCCCCGUGGCACAGCCCUGUUGCAACGGUUUCACUUCCCUAAUGCUGGCGUUACAAGCCGCCAAUAUCGGACCCGAUGACGAAGUCAUUAUCCCUUCCAUGACAAUGAUCGCGGUUGCCAAUGCCGUGCACUACGUUGGAGGAACUGUGGUGUUCGCCGACAACGCGGACUCCAUGUAUAAUCCGGGGUGGAAAGAAAUCGCCGCCGUGGCCACAUCAAAAACCAAAGCGGUCAUCGUGGCGCACACCUACGGUGUCCCUGUUCACGGUCUGGAAUCCAUCGCCGCCGAAUGCAAGCAACGCGAUUGGUGGCUUAUUGAGGACAUCAGCGAGUGCGUCGGAAUACAGUACGAAACCAGCACCGGUGACCGUAAAUAUCUGGGGACAUUUGGAGAUUUUGCGUGCGCCAGUUUGUAUGCCAACAAGAUUAUCCAUGCUGGGGAUGGGGGAUUUGUGUUAGCCAAAGACCCAAAGCAUGCCGCAUCAUUGGCCAGCUAUGUUAACCAUGGCUUUACACCUUCGUACCACUUUGUGCACUUCAAACGGUCUAUUAAUGCCAAAAUCAACGGGAUUGGCGCAUCGGUUGCAUGCGGUUGUCUGGACGAAAUCAGCAAAAUUACUUAUCACCGAGGCCAGUUGGCAAACUGGUACCGUCAAGCCCUUCAAUCCACACCGCUUCGCUUGAUGCCUUCGUGUGGUCCGCAAGAUACGCCAUGGGUGUUCGGUGUGGAAUGUGAAAAUAAAACCCAGCGCACGCGUCUGCGUGCGUUGUUAGCUGACCAUGCCGUUGAAACCCGAGACUACUUCUUUCCUCUGCAUCUCCAGCCUGCUUACCGACGACCCGAUGGUAAGGUCACUCGACUACCAAAUGCAGAGAAGAUGGGUAAUCGGGGAUUCUAUUUGCCAACCCAUCCCAACAUUACCGAGAGAGACGUCAAAUACAUUGGGCUGAUUAUUCAAGCUUUCUUCAAUACAGAAAAAAAUUCGUCUAGCGUCAUUCGCAUUCCGCUAUUGCCUGACAUAAUUUCAGAGCCGGAAAAGGUCGAGGACCGGAUCCAGUUUGAACCCGAUGGGCUGCGCUUGAUGGUCAAACGCCGUACUGGAAACAAAGUCACCCAUUUCUACCGUGACCAUCCGUUAUGUCAUGCCGUUACCGUUGGUCUGGAAGCGCAGCAGUAUUUAAUCAAGGAGAGAUUUGAUGACGGUGCCAGCAUCCUGAAAUCCGUUAAAGAAAUUCUUUCCGACACUUCCGAUGACAACCUCCAUACGAUUAGCAAACAUCUCGAUCCAUACGUCAAAUACAUCCAGUCUCAGACUACAUUGGAACCGGAUCAGGAACGACCAUGGUUGCACGAAAAUCUACAAGCAACGGUUUAUCAACCGGCUGCGAAUGUCCGCACUACUUCCGAUCCGGAAACGUUGCAGUUACUGGUUUGGCUCAUCAAAACCUAUAAACCAAAGACCGUUUUCGAGCUGGGCUGCUGGUUUGGUCAUAGCACGCUGUUAAUGGCUCUAGCGGCCAAAACGGACAAUUUACCAACCAAGUUUUUUGCUUGCGAUGGCUUCAAAAUGCAAGACUGGAUGCUGCGAUUUAUGUCGCCGGAAGAUCAUCCCAACUCCUCCUCGUUCCUCGAUAUUUUUCGGCGCAAUAUCGAACCGGUCAAGGACGCCGUUUUUCCUAUUCGAUGGGCAAACAUGGGUACGACACAACUUCCGGUCAUCUUAACCGAAACCGAACCGGUCGAUAUGGUCUUCAUCGACUUUACACAGGAAGCCGAAGAACUGGAGACGACAUGGUUGGCUUUGAAAUCCCGUCUAAUUGCCAACGAAACAUUAAUUGUUUUUAACGGAUUAUCGCAGACAUCUAUUCCCUUCUUUUCCAAGUAUUCCAAGGAUCUGGUAACUAUGCAUAAACCGCAUACCAUAGCGAAGGUGUUUCGUUAUGUUCCGGCACCGGCUGUGAUUGAGCAGCCCAUACCAUCUGAAACAGUAACGAUGCUGGCGAGAAAAGUGAAUUUCUUACUGGAACCUUUGUGGGAACACCACCACAAGAACGCGUUCUUCCAGGCCAUGUCCGAAUUGAAAGCAGCCAUACAUGAUGCGAAAAGCCCGGUUAGCUUCAUUCCUGCCGUGGAAGAGUAUCUGUGCAACGAUCAUGAAGUGUUUCUCACCGGCAAGCCAUGGAUGGGAAUCGUCCAUCAGGUGCCGUACCAUGCUGAACAAUUCUAUCAUCCCGACUUGAAUCGCUUAUGCCAACCGGGAUCAAAAUUCGAAAAUCGAAUGAAAAACUGCGUUGGACUGUUCACGUUGACCAAGGUUCAAGAAUCGUUCCUUCGGGAUAAUCUCAACACGGGUAACCACAAAAUUCCCAUUCAGUCCAUCACGUAUCCAUACGCCACCGGAAAUUUCCCAUUAAAAUCGGAAAAUAGUGCAUCUGGACUUUUACAUUCCGGCGAAAAGGUCGACCUUUUAUUCGUGGGAAGUUUCGCUCGUGACUACGACACAUUCUAUGAUUGCCUUGUUCCGAAGAAUAUUCAAAAAGUUUUACUGCUGUGUGAUAGCUAUUCCAAACUGUUAUUGUCGCAAGAUCCGUCACCCGCGGAUGUCGUUGUUCGUGAGCGACUAAACGAAGUAGAAUACGAGCACGCGUUGAAAGAGUCUGUUGUCUUCCUGGCCGUCAAACACGAUGGAGCAGCGCAUACUAUCAUUCUGGAAUGCGUAGCCAAAAAUAUUCCCAUUCUUGCGCCGGCUUUCGAAUCGUGUAAGGAAUAUCUUGGCGACAACUAUCCCUUGCUGUACGAUCCCAACGAGGCAACGAAAGACUUCCGGUUGCUGUUAACAAAGGACAAGAUCGACGAGGCGGUUCGAUAUCUGGAGUCGGUGGACAAGCACAAGUUUUCGGUCGGUCACUUUGUCAACGCGGUCCAGCAAAGUACGGUGUUACUGUCCCUUCCUCCUAUUACAACACCAAAAGUUACGCAAAAGUUUGACGUGACCGUAUGCAUUUGUUCGUACAAGCGCACUCACCAUUUACUAAAGAUUCUCACGGCUAUUUGGGAAAGACAAGACUUUUCUGGAACAAUGCAGAUAAUUGUCUGGAAUAAUAAUGAAUGGCGUUCCCGUCUGGUACAUCAAAUCUGUGAACCAUUUAUUGCUCGCUCAAAUUCCCAGCGCAGUCUGGAGCUGGUCAAUUCCACAGCAAAUUAUUACUGUUCGGUGCGCUUUGCCAUUGCUUCUUUAAUGAAGAGCGACAACCUACUAAUUUGCGAUGAUGACAUUCUUCCUGAAAAUAAUUUUAUCCGCUUUUUCAUGGAAGCACGAGCUGUACACCCGGAGGAUGUACUGUGCUUGCGUGGGCAUAAAUUUCUCCCGCAUGAGCUCAACUACGACGACCCGACGCUUGUGUGGAACGAUUAUCAGAAACUGCGAUUUGUUGGUGACGAUAAACCGGAACAAUAUAUUCACUUUGCUCAUGCCGACGCCUGUUUGAUUCCGCGACAGGCACUACGCGAAUGUGCUUCGGUGUCCAUGCCCGAUGAAGGAUUUAAUUUGGUAGAUGAUUACUGGAUGAGUUUUGUGCUGUCACAUAAGUUUGGACGAAGAAUCCGCAAAUUAUGCGCCGAAGCGGGAAAUAAUCCCGUUGAGCGAGCAGAGGACUCCGACACAGUCGGGCUGGCGCUGCAUACGCGACCGGAAGUCAAAGAUGCUCGGAUUCGGCUUUACAUACACCACAUGUUGCAAGGCUGGCCAACGUGGAACGAAGCGGAGAAUCUGAGUCCAACGCUUGGUUCCUUGACUGCUGUACCGGCACAGCCAACCGAGAAAAUGCGGAAUACAAAGCAUAAAUUUUGGAUGAAGCCUUUUGUUGGGUAUAACGCAAGUAGCCGCUUGUCAGCCAAAGAUAUUGAUGAUCUUUCCAUUGCCGGCGUCGAGUGUAUCCGUAUCGGUGCAGUGGGUGUGAAGGAAGAAACCGACUAUGACCUUUGUGGUUUCUUGACUGAACCAUAUAAACAACUAACAGCGCUAGUAAAAACCAUUCAGGCUUUAAAGGAUCGAAAAAUUCAAGUCGUCAUUACUUUGGAACGGCGCUUAGCUAAUGCCGCCACCUGGAAGCUUAUUGCCGAAUAUUGCGGGUGUUUGGAAAAUGUUGUGGGCUAUGAUUUAAUCAAUGAGCCGUUUACCGCUACUGACGAUGAAUCGCACGCCGCGGAUAUUUCGGAUGUUACGGACCCAGGAAUAGAGAAUCUUUUGUUUACCUACAAAGAAAUGAUUACCGCCAUCAAAGAAGUUGAUGCGGCUACUCCGAUUCUCAUCGAACCCACCUUCUGGGCCCAUAUUAACGCCUUAUCGAACUUCCCCAUCAUAUCGCUCACGGAAAUUGAUCCGUCCCUAAUCGUAUCGGUCCACUUCUACGAGCCACGCAAACUGACCUACCGCGCCCAAAACAAGCGACGCUACGGUUAUCCCGGCAAUGUCCCUGUCUGGGACUGCCAGCAUUCGGAAGUGGAGCAGUGGAAUAAAGGUCAAAUCCGUCAACGUCUCCAGAUCGCCAUUCAAUGGGCCACCGCCCACAAAGUGCGACUAUGUGUCGGGGAAUUCGGUAUCUGUCGGGAUACUGUGGGAGCACGUGAAUACCUGGAAGAUUUUAUGGAAGCAUGCCGAGAGAAAGGAAUUGGUGCAUUUCUGUAUGGUUUUCGGGAUAAGUACUGGGAAGGAAUGGAUUAUGAACUGGGAGUAAAGCGGAUCGCAGCGACCGGACCAUGGGAGACGAAUCCGCUUAUGCAGACAAUUUUGAAUGGUAUUGCAAACGCUAAGACCGGUAUACUGAAAACCGGUGUCACAACGGACAAGGGGCAACGUGUCCUGGAGAAACGAAUUAGUAACAAAGAGAUCAUCGAGGCGGAGGGCAAUAACCUGUUGGAUUAUUAUGGUGUAAAGACUUUAGAUUAAUUUGGAUUAAUUACAUUAAUUAUUUCCUCAUGCGCUGUGAUUUAUAUGUCCGGAUAAUUCUACCAACUGCGCUAAUGCGGAAAGCAUUCACUGCGUAUACGUAUAUAUCUUCACUGGGAAUGUCGAUUGUGAUGGCGUUAUAUUCGGCAUUUGUCUUUUGCAUCACAACGGUUCUUCAUGUUGAGCACUGUGCAUUCCCCGUUAAUCGUUCACCUAGAUUAAUAAAUCUGUAAAUAUGUUUGCAAUG